UAAUCAUAAUUAGUAUCAUCAUUCUCAUCAACUUGCAAUAAACAUUGGUUUUAGUUGAAAGUGAGAUCAAUUAAGACGCAGAGAGAAGCAAACAUGGGGAGGGCUCCUUGCUGUGACAAAGCCAACGUGAAGAGAGGUCCAUGGUCGCCUGAAGAAGACUUCAAACUCAAAUCUUAUAUCGAAGAACACGGCACUGGUGGCAACUGGAUUGCCCUGCCCCAGAAAAUAGGUCUCAAAAGGUGUGGGAAAAGCUGUCGCCUAAGAUGGUUGAACUAUCUUCGCCCAAACAUCAAACACGGGGGUUUCUCAGAAGAAGAAGACAGCAUAAUUUGCAGCCUCUAUGUUAACAUUGGAAGCAGGUGGUCUAUUAUAGCAGCACAAUUACCAGGUCGCACGGAUAAUGAUAUUAAGAACUAUUGGAACACUAAGCUGAAGAAGAAGCUACUAGGCAAGCAAAGGAAGGAGCAACAAGCUCAAGCUCGUCGAGUUUGUAGCCUAAAUCAAGAGAUGAAGAGAGAAACUGAGAAUUUGAUGUUACCAGUGGGAGUUAUUACCCAAACUCCUUAUUGGCCUCAACACCAUCCAAUGACAAAUGCUUCAACUUCAACCCAAUACUCCGAUCUCAAACACUUCCCUAACAGCAUAGUCACUGCCACCAUGAAUUCACAAUACUCAUCAUGUGACACUUCCUUGACACAAGACCAACUAUAUCCCUCAACAAUGAACAUGGUAACCACCGACACGUGUCACACGUCAACAUCAUCAAACGUAUUUCAAGGGUUUGGGAACUUCCCCAGUGAUUUGAGUGAGUUGGCCUGUGCGAACCCGCGAAAAAUAGAUGGUUCCAUGCGGGGGUUUUAUGGUUUGGAGUCCAUGGACGUGGCCAAUGGCAGCACAAACACGACUUCAACAGAAAGCACUAGUUGGGGAGAUAUAAGCUCUUUGGUUUACUCGCCUUUGGUUUCUGACUACGAACAAAGAAUGCCUCAACAUGUUACUUUUGAGGAGUCUAGUUACUUUGCGAUGCAAACGUAAUAACAGCUCGUACAUGCGGGUUGAUAUUAAUUUUACCAAAACAAGCUAGGAAAAAAGCAUCGAACAAAACCCUAAAGUUCACUUAAGCUUAGAAUUUUUCUCCUGUUUUUUUGUGUUUUCUUAUUAAUCACAAGUCUUUUUGCUCUGAAUUUCUUUGUUAUCGUUGGGAAUUGCACGUUGACUAAAAGUUGAGUAUAUAAAUAAAAAAUA